UAAAAAAAACCUAUAUUUGUGGUCUUUGUUUCGUGAAGCUUCUCUCUUCUUCUUCUUCUUCUUCUACAAGUCAUCAAAAAAUCUGAUCUCAUCUCUUGUGAAUUAAUAAUGGCGAGUAGUUGCGAGCUGUGCUGCGAGAUCAUCAUCGCUAUCCUUCUUCCUCCUGUUGGAGUUUGUCUCAGGCAUGGCUGCUGCACUGUUGAGUUCUUCAUUUGUUUGGUGCUCACUUGCUUAGGGUAUCUACCGGGAAUAAUAUACGCGAUUUACGCGAUUUUGUUCUUGCACCGGGAUGAGUAUUUUGAUGAAUACAGACGCCCAAUCUACUAUGUUGCUUGACCUUUGUGAUUCUGAUUCAUUCAUGAAAGCUUCAUUUUAGUAAUAAUUGAUGAUCUAUGGAGACAUCGUUGUUGUGAGAAAGUGUGUGAACCAGCCUUUUAAAAUCUAUUGCUUUAAGGUAACGGUCUUCUAAGUGUACGAUCAUUUUCUCUAAUCUCUUUGUGUUUUUCAGCAAAAGUUCCAUGAAUGAAGCCACGUGCUUUGACUCUACAUCCCAACGGGAUUUCUUCCGAAAUAUAUGUAUUGACUGUUGCAAGCA